GGAGAGAAAUGAUGAUGGAUCUUUAUGCCCAAGAGUGGCCACACUGGAUGGACACCUCUCAACACAAAGGCCACUUCCCGAACAACUUGGAUGCUGCUGCUGAUAUGGCUGCCAUGCUGCUCAAGGCCGUCCACGAUGGAACCAAGGGGGACGAGCCACCAUAUUUUGAACCUAUCAACGAAGUCGACGUUAUGUGGAGAAACAACCUUAACUGGACACAAAUUACUGCCUACCACAAGUUUGCCAGUGCAAAAGUCAAGGCCACUUUACCACAUGUGAAGGUUGGAGGUCCGGCAUAUUCUGGUGGAAUUGCGGGUGUGGACAACAAGGACUUCAAGGUCUGGGAAAAUCUCAUGGAGUUUAUGGACAUGGCCCUCAAGCACCUUGACUUCAUCUCAUUCCACCCUUUCAGUAAAAUGCAAAUCACAGGAGAAUCGUAUUCCUUCCAGGGUCCCACUGAAGCCCGCUUUGUGGGGAUAAUAGAUCUAAUUGAAAGUUAUGCCCAUUUGAAAAUUGGCAAGGAGUUUCCCAUCAUCUGUUCAGCCUAUGGUUUGGGCAGAAUAUCAGGAGUAGACAUGCAGAAGCCUAACCCACUGAUCGAUUAUGGAUAUGUCUACCUGCAGAAUGCAGAACUCUUUACCAUGCUGAAUCACCGUGGAGUUGUCGACAGAGCUGUGGUUUUCCUGGUUGGGCAUAGCAAUGCUUUUGGACAAAGCAGCAUUGAUUACAGUCUCCUUGACAAAAACAACCACGAGAGGACGCCAGUUGAGGCGUUCCAUUUCUGGCAGGUGCUUUCAAAUCGAAUGACGUAUCUCAGAACAGAUAGUCAGUACCAUGGAGCUGAGAGAGUCGUGGCAUCUCAUGCUUUGGUGGAUCAAACUUCUAAAACUGUGGUACUUCUCCUGCAUAACUUUGACAAGAAACAGACAAAGGUCAAGGUCCAGUUUGGUCAUGGAUGGACGAAUCCGUCCACAGCAAUGAUGUCUUGUGUCCACUUGAAUGCCAAAAAGGUUACCGUACGAGACAAGGAAUCAACGGUUCAUCUCAACAACGGUGGCGUCACUCUUCCUACUGAGGCAAGCUGCUAUCUCAAGUUCCACUCUGCCUACGACUUUGCUCACAGCAAGACCAUCACAGAAACUGUUCACUAUGGGCCAGAUGUUGCUAAACCAAUACAGCAAAACGUUGUCAUAACAAGCAUCAAUGUUGGCCAUGUGAGAAAUGUCCAGUACGCCUAUCUACGAGUCUGCAUCAGCCUCAGUGACAAGACCGGUAAUCCUAAACCAACAUCGGUGCAGCUGAACGGCAAAUCUCUCACUUCCUAUUACUCUCUUCACCAGCAAAAGGAGAGUAAUUACGAAACAACAUGGAUGACGAUGCAAUAUCUAGUUCCGGGCUCAUACCUCAAGCAAAACCAAAAUGAAGUUAAGCUCCAUUUUGCCAAAACAGGAGGACGAGUUAUAAGUGUCGUUGCUGUUGUGGGGAGUUUCUAAAUAAGCACUUCUUACUUGUACAUUUGCGUAUAUAAAGAAUGCCAUGCACUA